AUGUCUCAAUUACUCUUUGGUUGGAUUUCGACUACUUUUCAACCCCUCACGCUGGCACUUGGUGCUGGUCCUCUGUAUCCAGUCAACACUUUCCAAGCAUUCGCUUUGAAUGCGCAGACUCCUUUCGCAACACUCGACUAUGGUCAUGAGGUUGCUGGAUAUCCUAUCUUCGACGUUCUUUCACUCACGGGCAAAGUCGAAAUCGAAGUCAAGUACGCGGAACAAUUCAGCGACCUCUCUGCGCCCUUCUCGGACGGCCCCUAUCCCUUCGCCGUUGGCUUGUCGAACACUUAUCGUGUGGAGACUUUUAAUAUCACUGAACCGGGACUCAUUAGUGCUUUCCUUCUCCAAGGAGGUCUGCGCUGGCAAUCCAUUCGUCUUCUUACUAGCGGAAGCAUUGCAAUCUCGGCAGUUGGUCUGAAUGCCUCAAUUUCAACGACCGAUGUCGAUGCUCUUCCGGGUGAUUUCAGUUGUGAUAAUACACUCCUCAAUGAAAUCUGGGAGCUUGGAGCGAGGACUGUUGGUGUAGCAUGUGUUGAUCGAGGCUCGCAAAAGGCAAUCUGGGAAGUCAGUGGCAAUGGUGUCUUUGUCAGAGGCAUGCGACCGGGAGUGAGUGCAAAUGUUUCAGCGGCUGAGCUACAGAAUUAUACGUUGCAAUUUGAUGUGAACAUUCAACGAGCUGGCAUGGGCUGGGCAGUGGCAACUCCGCUCCAGUCUCCAAACACAGGCAUUUAUCUCAACAUUGUUGGGGACCUUCCUAGUGCUACGACCUUUGUCAACACUAACACCUCGUUGACACCUCCCAAUUCGAUAGUCUUGGCUUAUGGAUAUUCUCUCGUCAACCAGACCACACUUCCGUCAUAUUACCUCGAUACGUUCAAGUUGCCUCUUCCUCUCCAGGAGAACACGUGGCACACUAUAGAGACAGUGCUCUUAGGCGGCCAGUACCUCGCUGUGCUCGUUGAUAAGACAGAGAUUUUCAACAAUGUUUUCGUAUACGACACUGCCAGCGGUUCUCUUCUCUACAACAACUCAAUGACGAAUGCGACCAUCGUUCUUCCCGAAUAUGGAGUCCACGAGAACUUUGCUUCGGUCUGCUUGGACGGCGGUAAGCGUGACAGAUUAGUAUGGGUGGGCGAUUUCUACCACACUUCUCAGAUCAUCGGCGCCAGCACUUCUCGAGACGAUCUCAUCCAGGGUACUCUGCAGUAUUUUCUCGAUUGGCAAACUUCUGUUGGCCUUGUGCCCAUCGACUCACCCAUGGGCUAUGACCAUUCCAUCGCAGAAUCCGCUUUCACUCUGGGCGGGGGUGGUGCGUCGCCCUUCCAAAUUCUUGGACUCAUUGCGUUCACGAAUUAUGUGAUCCAGAGCAACGACCUUGCAUGGACCGUCAAGACUUGGCCACAGUGGCAAUUACAGGCUGAGUGGAUAUUGUCCCAGAUCAACAGCACAAAUGGUCUGCUGUCUUUCGAAGAUGCUUUCCUUGGUGGAGCAAAUGGAGGUUCUGCCAUCAAUUGUGCUUUGCUCAAGGCUCUGAAUCGUGUCGCUUUUGUUGCCAAUGCCAUUGGUGAUACUGCCUCAGCUGCCAAGUACCAGACUGCCGCGACUUCGCUGUUGGCAGCAAUCAACAAGUACCUUUGGAACGCCAAAUUGGGAUUCUACUCGCUGGAUCUAGAUUCUUUGAAUGACUAUUCCGUCGUUGGACUUUCGUUCUGCAUUACAUCGGGAGCAGCCAACGCCUCGCAGGCUGCACAAUCGCUCGCUGCGGUCUUCGCUCUGAAAUUGGGCCCUGGCUUCAAGGACUCGUCUCAAGUCAACUCAUCCGAUCCAACGGUCAAUCUUUCUCCGUUCACGAACGGCUUCCUCUUGGAGGCUUUAUUGUCUCAGAACAAUUCUGGUUCGGCCGCUUCGUGUAGCACGGCACUUCAAUUAAUAACCACACUAUGGGGAGCAAUGCUAGCGAACAAUCAAACAAGCACUGGUACCACCUGGGAGUACGUCGAUCAAACAGGUCAACCUGGCUUGAGUCUCUUCACCAGCUCAGCAGCUGCUUGGGCCGGUGCUCCGACUUACCUCAUCACUCGGUACGUAGCUGGACUUCAACAAGCAGCAGGUGUUGCAGGCUUUGGUUACCGAAAUUGGGUCUUCAAUCCUAGUGCUGGCUUGGCUAUGGGACUAAAGACCAGCAACGCGACAGUCAUUACUGCCUUUGGAGGACCGCUGAGUGUGCAGUGGCAAGUUGUAGCCAUUGCAAGUGGUAAUCAGCUCAAGGUCACGAUCAGCGCCCCAGCAGCUACGAGUGGUGUUUUUGAGCUGAAUGGUACUCGGAAGGUACUCAAUGGUAGCGCUGCAUACAGUUUUGUCAUGAGUAUGUAG